AUGAAUUCCAGUUCGGCCGCGGGAGGCAGCGGAGGGGGCAACAACAUCAAAGUUGUUGCCCGUUUCCGUCCUCAGAACAAAGUCGAAAUCGCGAAUGGAGGACAACCGAUUGUCCAGUUUCUGGGGGAAGACACCUGCCAGGUCCAGUCUUCCGAAACCAAUGCCCCCUUUACCUUCGACCGAGUCUUCGACAUGUCCUCCCAGCAGUCCGACAUAUUCGACUUCUCCAUCCGAUCGACCGUCGAAGAUGUCAUGAACGGCUACAAUGGAACGGUUUUCGCGUACGGCCAAACCGGGGCGGGAAAGUCGUACACAAUGAUGGGCGACAUGGAUGACCCUGACAAGAAGGGUAUAAUCCCGCGAAUAACUGAGCAGAUUUUCGAUUCCAUCCUCGUUCACGGCUCGGCACAGAUCGAAUAUACCGUGGGUAUCUCGUAUUUAGAAAUAUACAUGGAGAGAAUACGCGAUCUGUUGAACCCGGUUAUGGACAAUUUACCUAUCAAUGAAGGACCUAAAGGACCUUAUGUGAAAGGCCUACGGGAAAUAUACGUCAAUACGGUGGAUGAAGUAUAUACGGCAAUGCAUCUGGGUCAGCGCUCGCGUGUCACAGCCUCGACAAACAUGAAUCUGGAGUCCUCACGGUCGCAUUCGAUAUUUUUGGUCACAAUCAACCAGAAAGAUGUCAACACCGGGUCGCAGAAGAGUGGGAUGCUGUAUUUGGUCGAUCUGGCCGGUUCGGAAAAAGUGGGCAAGACAGGCGCAAGUGGACAGACGUUGGAGGAAGCAAAGAAAAUCAACAAAAGUCUGAGUGCGCUCGGAAUGGUUAUCAAUGCUCUAACCGAUGGCAAAUCCACGCAUGUCCCAUACCGAGAUUCCAAGCUGACCCGAAUCCUACAAGAAAGUUUGGGUGGCAAUUCGCGGACGACCUUGAUCAUCAAUUGCUCUCCGAGCAGCUACAACGAUGCAGAGACCGUCAGCACAUUACGAUUCGGCAUGAGGGCGAAGACGAUCCGCAACAAGGCCAAGAUCAAUGCCGAAUUGAGUCCAGCUGAACUGAAGCGCCAACUCAAGCUUGCUCAGAACCAGACCAUGACGUUCGAAAAGUACAUUGCCUCGCUGGAUUCGGAAUUGCAGCUCUGGAGAAAGGGAGAAACGGUUCCGAAAGAGAAAUGGGUGCCUCCCUUGAGUGGAUCCGGUGGGAAGAUGGACUCCAGAACCAGACCAGACACACCGUCACGAGGGCCUUCAGACCUUCUGCGGUCGGAAACGCCCAGCCGACCUGACUCUCGAACCGGAGAGAGGUCCAGCACUCCCAGCAUCAUACUCGAGAAGGAUGAGCGGGAGGAGUUCCUGCGACGAGAAAAUGAACUCCAAGAUCAAUUGACAGAAAGGGAGACUCAGGUGGCCAACGCGGAAAGAAGUCUUCAAGAAGUCCGAGAAGAGCUCAAAUCGUAUAAAGAGAGCGCCAUGCGCACGACAAAAGAAAACGAGACGCUGGCGGACAAGCUCAAUAAAACCGAGCUGGAAUUACAGAAGUUGUCGUACCAGAGUAAAGAGGAUGCCAUCACCAUGGAGGCUCUGAAAGAUGCCAACUCUGAAUUAGAGACCGAAUUGGUUUCUGUCAAACAACAGCUACUCGAGCUCAAGAUGAGUGCGAAGGAGACCACCGCGGCUUUGGACGAAAAAGACCGCAAGAAAAAGGAAAAGAUGGCCAAGAUGAUGGCAGGCUUUGACCUGGGAGACAGUGCCUUUUCCGAAAAUGAGGCCCGUAUGCGCGACAUGCUCGAGCAAGUGGAUUCUCUGCAUGCUGCCAGCAUGAACGGGGAGAGUGUGCCCACCCAUGUUUUGGAGGAUUUGAGGGCGAAACUACUCGAGUCUCAAACCCUCGUCCGUCAAGCAGAACAGUCUUUGAACGAAAGAGCCGACAACGAGAACGAAGAACGGACGCUGGCGCUCGAGGAACGAUUGGCAUCGGUGCAACAAGAGUAUCAAGAUCUCUUGACCCGCAAUCUAGGGCCUGAAGACGUGGAAGUGGUCAAGUCGAAACUGGAGCAGUUAUACUCGGAUCGCCGGGAAACACAGGCUGAACUGGUCCGUGACUUGAGGGAUCAACUGACACAAAAGUCCCAGGAGAUCGAAAAGCUCCAGAAAUCCAUCACGGAACUCCAAGCUCGAGGAGCGGCCAAUGGAGCAGCUGGGGUUAACGGGACUGGCAGCAAGACCUUGCAGCAACAGAUUGCCGAUUUUGAUUUGAUGAAGAAGAAUCUCAUGCGUGACCUGCAGAACCGGUGUGAACGGGUGGUAGAGCUGGAGAUCUCUCUCGACGAGACGCGAGAACAGUAUAACAAUGUGCUGCGGUCGAGCAACAACCGCCAGCAACAGAAGAAGAUGGCUUUCUUGGAGCGCAAUCUCGAACAACUCACCGUGGUGCAGAGGCAGCUCGUCGACCAGAACACGAGCCUUAAGAAGGAGGUCGCCAUUGCGGAGCGGAAGCUGAUUGCCCGCAACGAACGCAUCUUGAGUCUUGAGAGUUUGUUGAGUGACAGCCAGGAGAAGUUGACGGCUGCCAAUCACAGAUUCGAAGCUCAACUCGCCGCUGUCAAGGAGCGACUGGAGGCGGCCAAACUGUCAUCAAGAAACAUGGCCCCGGCUGGUGCUGGUGCGGCCAGCACAGUAGGCGGAGGGUUCAAUAGCCUCAUGAGCGCUGGUGCUCGGAUAGCCAAACCGCUCCGUGGAGGCGGUGGAGCAGCAGCGCCGAACAGCCUCGACGGUGCGAAUGGAGGUCCAACUCACCCGGCUCUAUCCAACGUGGCCGGCUCCGAUGGCGGGAGUAAUAAACGAAGCAGUUGGUUUUUCAAUACGGGUCGGUGA